AUGGUAAGCCCUAAAGCAAGAACUAGAUCUACAGGGAAAACUUUCGUCCCACCUGUUACACAUGAUAUGGUGAGAUCAUUAUUUGAUCCUUCAUUGAAAAAAUCGUUUUUAGAAAAAAUCAUUUUUCUAUCUUUAGCUUUGGACCUUGUUUUGAUGUAUGGUCUUUUGAAAUACACUUCUAUUUCAUUAGAUACUAUCAAAAUUCUAUUCCUUCUUCAAUAUAUCUUCUGGAGAUUUGCUUAUAAUUUUGGUAUAGGGGCCAUUUUACAUUAUCAAUCUCAUUAUGAAACAUUUUCUAACUAUUCCGAAAGAAAUCAUUUAUUUGAUCCUUCUAAAUCUUCCUCUACUUUGGCUCGUUUUGUUCAAUAUGAAAUCCGUUCCAAGAUGCCAGAUAGUUAUCUAAUGGAAGCUCAACCUGCAGAACUUAAUACUUGGCUUGUUUUCCGUCAAGUUGUUGAUUUGAUCUUGAUGCAAGAUUUCACCACUUAUUGUAUCUACACAUACUUAUGUCUACCAUCCACUACUGCUUGGACUUCCCCAACCACCAUCAUGGGUGUAAUGAUGAUUCUUUUGAACGUUUGGGUUAAAACAGAUGCUCAUCGUGUCGUCAAGGAUUAUGCUUGGUAUUGGGGUGAUUUCUUCUUCUUGCAGGAUUCAGAAUUAACUUUUGAUGGUGUCUUUAACGUUUCACCACAUCCAAUGUAUUCUAUUGGUUAUAUUGGUUAUUACGCAGCAUCCUUGAUCACAGGUGAUUAUAAUGUCCUCUUGGUUUCCAUCUUUGGCCAUCUAUUGCAAUUACUUUUCUUGAAAUACGUCGAAAACCCUCAUAUUGAAAGAACUUAUGGUGCUUCUAAUCAAUCAAGCACUUCCUUGGCUUAUAAUAAAAUUGAUCAAUUGAUUGAAAAUUCCACUUCUUCAUCAUCCCCAAAUAAGCCCUUAAUCUCCACAGGUUUGGGUUUCAAAAAUUUCAAAUUCACUCGUGUUACUGAUUUAUUCACUUUGACUGUCUUUAUUUCCAUUUUUGUUUGGUAUUUCAAUUUUAACCCAUCUUUGGAAACUUUGACUUUUACCACUUUUAUGGUCAAAUUCUCUUUGUCUUCUAUUUGUGCUUUAAUCUUAUACAAACAAUCCACUGAAAAAUGGUUCACUUCAAUCUUCCAUUGGAGACAUCUAAAUUCUAAAAUCCCUCCUGCUGUCUUGGCUUAUCAGCAUUGGCAAUUCAUCUAUAAUUUCACUUUAACUAUUUCAAAUACUUUAUUAGCAAUGGUCACAUUAAAAUCUUUAACUUCCUUAUACGAUUCAAACACUUUGAAUUAUAAUCAAACUAUAUUUGGAUUUUUAGGUAUUGCUUUACAAAUUUGGUCAAAUUCGGAGAUUAGAGAUGUCUUGGCCAAUUUCGGUUAUUUCUACGGUGAUUUCUUCUUAUUGGAUGUCGAAUUACCUAAAAAAUUAUCAUACCAAGGUAUUUAUCGUUACUUAAAUAACCCACAAGCUAUCUUAGGUCUUGCUGGGAUUUGGGGUACCGUUUUGGUUUCAAAUUUCCAAUAUUCAAAUAUCUUAUUAGCUUCCCUUUGGACCAUAAUUGAAAUUAUUGCUGUCAAAUUCAUUGAAAAACCUCAUGUCCAUAAAGUGUAUAAUGAUUCAAAGGAUCAUGUUGCAGGUGUAGAAAGUACUAUCAUGAGUUCAAAGCCUGUAAGAUGGAUUCAAGGUUUAAUUCAAUGA